AUGUCUGUGCUUACGAAGCGUUUCGCCAAGGUCUUUAAGCUCGCUCUGCUUGUCACUGUAUGCUGCAUUAUCUUCGUGCUCACCAGCAGAUACGUUGAUGAGGGUAUGUCUAAGGAGUACAAGUCGUAUCUGGCGUCUUACGUGGAUACGUAUGUUGGUGACACAGAUUCGAUCCCAGAGAACAGCGAAUUGUCCAAGGCGAUGUCCGCCAAAGACGAGGUACGUCGCGAAAAACUGCAAACGUUCUACAAGCAAGUCUUUGAUAACGUACAGGAGUUCGGGCCCAAAAAUAAAUGCUUGCGCGAGUAUGGUGCCAACUGCAAGCUAGACGGUAAUAUUGGCACGCGGCCUGACGAUUACGACAACUGGGGCAAGCUCACCAGCUCGGAACUGGGGAAGUGUUUGUCGCUUUCAUACUCUGAGCGCGCUAUGCUCAAAAAGAUGCAUUACCAGUUUGUUGAAAGUAUCGGCUCGCUCACACUGCCGGCGGAGAGCUACAGCGGCGACGGUAUCGUUACGGUCGGGGGCGGCAAGUUCUCCCUGCUAUCGUUUCUAAUCAUCAAGACGUUACGGAACCUCGGCACCACCUUGCCGGUUGAGGUGUUCAUUCCUCCUAACGACACGGGCGACCAGGAGUUCUGCAAUACGUUGUUACCCAAGUAUAACGCCAAAUGUAUCUACAUCACUGAUGUGCUGCCUCCAGAUUCGGUGGACAACUUCGAGUUUAAGGGAUACCAGUUUAAGUCCAUCGCCAUAAUCGCCUCCAGUUUCGAGAAUUUACUGCUGCUUGACGCUGACAAUUUCCCCAUCAAGGACCUCGAUAACAUUUUCGACAAAGAACCUUACAAGAGCACUGGACUCGUUCUGUGGCCUGAUUUCUGGCGUCGUACCACCAACCCAGCUUAUUAUGAGAUAGCUGAUAUCCCUGUCAACUACAAAAAUCGUGUUCGUAAUUGUAUGGAUGAUAUUACUCCUCCUCAAGCUUACACUAGUAACAUGGAAGACACAUCGGACGUGCCUUUGCACGACCUGGAAAAUACUAUUCCUGAUGUGUCCACCGAGUCAGGACAGAUUAUGAUUAGCAAAUCCAAACACCUCCCCACUGUGCUUCUUUCUCUGUAUUACAAUGUUUACGGCCCCUCUUGGUACUACCCUAUCUUUUCUCAAAAGGCUGCCGGUGAAGGUGACAAGGAAACUUUUAUUGCAGCCGCCAACUUUUACGAACUCGAUUUUUAUCAGGUCAAGUCUAUAACCGCAGUGGAUGGUUAUCACAGAAGUGAGGGUUUCCGUGGUGUUGCCAUGUUACAACACGAUUUUGUUCAGGAUUACCAACGCUACCAACACGCCUCAGAGGAAAUUAACGCAGUCUACGAGGGAAAAUCUCCUCAGUCGAUUAAAUUGGACCCCUCUUACUCUCCUGAAAAAUUUUACGAAACUUAUUUUGAAUCAGAGACUCUUAAGGAAGUGGAUAUUAUGUUUGUGCAUUCUAACCUACCAAAAUUCGAUCCCGUUACUCUGUGGAAAGAUCAAGACUUAAUCGUGGCUGGUCAGCAUAUCCGAUCCUACACCAACCUAAAGAGGCUAAAUGGCUAUGAUUUGGAGUUGGAAAACUUUAAGGUAUUUAAGGAAUAUCUGUGCGACACUAGAACUCACUUCAAAUACGUUGAUAACGCAUUGCAAGAAAAUGAGACAAACUGGGAAAGUAUGUGUCAAUAUAUCACAGAAAGACUUUUGUUUCUGGAUAAGAGUCAUGCGAAUGCUAUCAAAUCAUCUUAG